AUGUCUCGUUCGGCUUUUCUAAAGACGAAUGAAAUAUCAACUGCAACUGCAGAUCGCCGUUUUCAACAUGACCUUAUUUCGUCAAAUCGAUCUAACGAAAUACUACCGAUAGCCCUUCAGUCUUCAACAAACAAAUCAAUGAUACGCACAAGUCGACGAAUACAACGGAAUUUGAGAGACAAACGCCGAUCAACUGGUAUUCGACCGGAUGAAGUCUCAUUGGCGAGCACAUCUACAGAGGAUUCGGCUAAUGAAAAUGAGGUCGAAGACGAAGAAGAUAACAACUCAACAUAUGCUGCGAGUACGAAUGAUACAUAUGACCAUAAUCGAAACUUAUCAUCAUCAAAAGCAGUUUUUACAGUUGGUCGAAUACAAUCUUCUUUAGAAAGCAUCUCGAUACCACGAACUGAUCCUUACAUGAUUACAUCGUCGCCCACAUCAAAUAUUUAUUCAAACACGGCAACUACAACGAAGAUCUUCCGACCUCAAGAAUUUAUUAUCCGUCGAGUAGAAAAACAGCCCACUGGUGACGAUGCAUCUGUGAUCAAAUGCCGCCAACUUGAAGAACGUAUUCGGUCACUUGAAUCGCUCUUGCUCGACAAAGAUUCCAUCAUAUAUGAUCUACAACGGAAACUUGAGAACGCCAAUCGAGAUCUAGCCGAUACCGAACAACAAAUCUAUUUAUUGCAUCAAGAUAAAUUAACUCUAAUAAAAACAAUCGCAACGCUUCAAGAUGAUGAUCCAUCUCCAGGUGAUUUGUCCAACUGUUCGAACUUUCUCGCCAGAAAUUAA